UGACCGGAAAUCUGUCACAUGACAAGUGCUGAUUUGUGUUCUCGUGCACAAAGCUAGAGAGCAGCAGUACAGCAACUGAAGUGUCCGCCGCUACUACGAUGAGGCUGGUGAUCCUGGAGGACUACGACCUGGCCAGUGAGUGGGCGGCCAAGUACAUCAGGAACCGCAUCGUGCAGGCCCGGCCCUCGGCGGACAGGUACUUCACCCUGGGGCUGCCCACAGGAAGCACUCCUCUCGGCUGUUACAAAAAGCUAAUCGAAUACUACAAAAAUGGAGACAUCUCUUUUAAAUAUGUUAAAACCUUCAACAUGGACGAGUAUGUCGGACUUCCCAGGGACCACCCAGAGAGCUACCACUCUUACAUGUGGAACAACUUCUUCAAGCACAUCGACAUCAAUCCCGCCAAUGCACACAUCCUGGACGGCAAUGCGGCCGACCUGCAGAAGGAGUGCGACACCUUUGAGCAGAAAAUUGCUGACGCUGGCGGCAUUGACCUCUUUGUUGGAGGUAUUGGACCUGAUGGACACAUUGCCUUUAAUGAGCCAGGCUCCAGCCUCGUGUCCAGGACUAGAGUGAAAACUUUGGCUCAGGAUACGAUUCUUGCCAACGCCAGGUUCUUUGGGAACGACCUUUCCAAGGUCCCCACAAUGACGCUAACUGUCGGUGUUGGGACAGUGAUGGAUGCCAGAGAGGUGAUGAUCCUUAUCACAGGGGCACACAAAGCAUUUGCCCUGUACAAGGCCAUAGAGGAAGGUGUGAACCACAUGUGGACAGUGUCGGCCUUCCAGCAGCACCCACGCACCAUCUUUGUGUGUGAUGAGGAUGCCACUCUGGAGCUCCGUGUCAAGACCGUCAAGUACUUUAAAGGGUUGAUGCACGUACACAACAAACUGGUGGAUCCGAUGCACAGCGUCAAGGAUUACAAGGAUUGAAGACCCACAGGAACCCAGGAGUGGUUGACAGGAAGCAGAGCCUGUUCAUGUAGACGCAAAAAGAACUAUGCAUAUUCUCAGUUAAUAAUGGUAGCGGGUGUUCCUGGGUGUCGGGGCAGUUUUACUUUGUACUGUAUAGCUAGGUAGAAGGGACACCUUCAGUUGCCAUGGAAACAGAAAUUCCUGAUACGUCUGUUCAGGACAUGCGCCACUCCAAAAAAAGAAGUUUCUGCAUUUCAGCGUUCGGUCUUUUCCGAAAUGUGUCCAGCUGGCGCCCUGGUCCCGUCUCCUCGUCCUCUCAGUUCUACACUCCUGUCUUGAGCUCAGCAACUGCUUAGCUGUUACCUAGGCUUACGAGCCACACAAUUUGCUGUUACUUCACUAUCUUUCUGUGUUCCUAGGCUUUACCAGAUUAGCUGAAGCUCUACCCCACUUAGGUCAUGUUUAAUGACACAUUUUGGUGGUUUAGUGUUACGGUGAGCUUCAAGUAUGCUUAAGGACUUUUGUCUUAUUCGCACACUAAGUUUAGGAUUUGAAACGGGGUAACUUCCUGCUGAUUUGUAAACAGCAGUAGUAAACAGUUGGUCUUGCAUCUGCUACAUUUUUUUUUUGUCUCCUGCCAGGAAGCAAACAUUUUGCCUUCAAUGUUCAUUGUGGGACCAUAGCAAGUCUUGACAUUGCACUGUUCUGGAAUUGUUACAAACAUCCAUGUAUAAAUGUAGUAUUUUGUCCUGUCUCAA